GUCGGGGACGCCGGGUCCAGGCUUUUGCUAGGGAACUGGCUGUUGUCGCCCCGCCCCCUCGGGGCUUUCGGUCCGCUUAACUGUCGGAGUGGCGGGGCUCCAGCGCAGGGCGACAUGCCGGUGCGCUUCAAGGGGCUGAGUGAAUACCAGAGAAAUUUUCUGUGGAAAAAGUCCUAUUUGUCAGAGUCUCGUAAUCCCUCAGUGGGGCAGAAGUACCCAUGGGCUGGACUUAGAUCAGAUCAAUUAGGGAUCUCAAAAGAGCCAAAUUUUAUUUCAAAAAGAAGAGUCCCCUACCAUGAUACUCAGAUUUCAAAAUCUCUCGAAUGGAAUGGACCCAUUUCAGAGCAUGGUGUGGUCGUCUCAGCAGUACCCCAAGCCCCAGAAAUACCAAAAUCACAAGAGGCAGAACAAAAAGAUGUUAACCAAGAAAGAGUUCUCUCACUAGAGGCCUCCAGGGUUCCCAAGAGAACCAGAUCUCAUUCUGUGGACUCUGGAGCUGAAGGGGCUUCAGAUACUGUGGAAAGGAAUGACGAUGUGGUAACAAACCAUGGAGCAGUUGAUGAAAAUGUGGAACUGGAACCUUCUACCAAGCCUCUUUCAGAAAAUGCAGAGAAUGGGUUGGACAGACAUCUACGGAAGAAAGCUGGACUGACUGUUGUUCCUUUACACAAUGCCUUGAGGAGUUCUGAAUAUCAAAGGCAAUUUGUUUGGAAGACUUCUAAAGAAAGUGCUCCAGUGUGCACAGCCAAUCAGAUUGUCCACAAUAGAAGCAACUUUGUUCCACAAUCUAGAGGUAACUCAAUCAUCCAUGAAACUGAAUACAAAAGAAAUUUUAAAGGCUUAUCUCCACUGAAAGAACCAAAAUUAAGAGAUGAUUUAAAAGAAAACGGAAAUAUUGAAACAUUAUCUCCGGAAAAGAAGUAUAAUAAAACAGACGAUCCUUUAAAAUUCGUGGCAAACAUGGCAUCAAAAGACCCAAACCAAGCUAAGAAGAAGCCGACUCCUUGGCGACACCAGCGGCUUGGGAAGGUAAAUUCUGAGUACAGAGCCAAGUUUCUGAGCCCAGCUCAGUAUUUAUAUAAAGCAGGAGCUUGGACUCCUAUGAAGGAAAACAUGCCGAGUCAGGGCUCUCUAAAUGCCAUGUGGUAUGCAGAGGUCAAAGAACUCCGAGAAAAAGCCCAGUUUUAUAGGAAGCGAGUUCAGGGAACACAUUUUUCUCGGGAUCAUCUGAAUCAGAUUCUGUCUGAUAACAACUACUGUUGGGACGUCUCCUCAACCACGAGCUCAGAAGGAACCAUUAGUAGCAACAUCCGGGCAUUAGAUCUUGCCGGAGAUCCAACAAGCCAGAAGACCUUACAGAAACAUUCUCCUACAAAAGUGGAAGACAAAAGAGUUGUCUUGGAAGAACAGCUCCAGAAAAGCACCCCUGGUGUGUCAGAUGCCCCGACCAUACCUGUUAGCCGGCGGCUGGCUUGGGAUGAGGAAAACACCAAUGAAGACACACACAAACAGCCCACGGGGGAAGAGGAGGAGGAAGGGGAAAUGGAAAAGGACAAGCAGCAGCCUUAUUUGGGAGAGCUGGAGAAGCGCGAUCUAUGUGAGACAUCUAAGGCAGACAAAAUAAAAGAAGGGUCAGAGUUUUCUUCCAUAUCCUCAGGAAAAGGAGGCCGACUGCCUACUCCGAAGUUGAGAGAACUUGGCGGCAUUCAGCGGACUCAUCACGAUCUCACUACUCCAGCUGUUGGUGGAGCUGUUUUAGUGUCUCCAUCUAAAGUGAAGCCUUCAGUCCCAGAGCAGAGGAAAAGAAUGGCCUCUCAUGAUGACUCAGAAAUGGUAAAGAAUGGCUUUAUUAAGCAAGGAAAUUGUGCCAUGUCUCUCAUGACUUCUCCUGCUGCGGGCAUGAAAACAGUUGAUCCCCUGCCUUUGCGGGAAGAAACUGAAGCCAGUAUCUCCAGAUUUACCAAGGCUGCUCUUCCAGUUUCAAAAACUCUGGAAUGUCCAACAAAUAGCCCUGGACAGCCUUCUCAGCCAUGCCCUCUCUCGUACUGGCAUCCUUCCCGUAGGAUUCAGGGAUGUAUGAGAGAUCCAGAAUUUCAGCAUAAUGAGGGAAAAACAAGGAUGAAUGAUCUCCAGUUACCUCAGCAUGACACCUUUAAUGAUGAAGAUGUGGACAGAUUGUCUGAGAUUUCUGUGCGAUCAGCAGCAUCUAGCCUCCAGGCUUUUCAAACUCUGGCGCGAGCGCAAAGAAGGAGGGAGAAUUUCUGGGGCAAAACAUAAACCCAGUGGGGCUAUUCUUAUCUAGGGCAAUAUUGGUAUAAUUUUUCUUCAUUGCUCACUGUGUUAAGAUUUUUGGAAUGUUUGGAUUUCUUCUGACAUUUCCAACUUAAAUUACUUGAUUUUUCAAUAGUCAGUCCAUUUCACCCAGAAGUUUUUAACACUGGCUUAUCCAAAUUUAACUUUUGAGGGAUUCCUUUGCAGCUGUUUUAGAAACAUAAAGUCAUAGACUAGUUAGUUUUCUAAAACAUAUUCUUUUGUAUCAGGCAUUAGUGGUAGCUGGUAGGAUUGUGAAUUUCAUCCAGAGACUAUUCUACAGAAAUUGAGAAAAGUGGAAAUUAAGAUCCAAGUAUGAACAUAUAUUCUAUUAAGAUUGGUUUUAUUUGUCUUUGUAUUGUGGAUGUCUUCAAAGGAAUUUGUUAUUCUUUCAGCUUUUCCUUUAGUGUUUAUUUUAGUCCCAGCUGUAGAUGGUUGCAGUGUUAUUUAAGAUACGUGUACUUUGAAAAUCCAGCUGUAUAUAUUUUUCUUAUGUAACAGUUUGCUGAGAGAAUAUGUAUAUUUUUGACCCUUGGGUUUAUUCUAUUUGUAUAAUAACUUUGGCAUACAUUUGAAUAAUGUCUGGCUGUUAAAAAUUAUUUAUAUAGUGGAGAAUUAAAACUUUGUAGACAUUUUGAACGACAGUUGAUCAAGUGUGUUUAGCU